AUGAUUAUCCUUUGUUUAAUUUUAGGGUUUAUGACGUUGUGCGAUGGACAAGAGAACAUCGUCGAAACGGAGGGAGGAAAGUUGAGAGGAGCUACUUUGAAGAAUUACAAGGGCGAAGAUUUUUUGGCCUUCAUGUCGAUUCCUUAUGCAGAACCACCACUUGGACCACUACGGUUUAAGGCACUUCAACCAGUUAAACCCUGGGAAGGUGUAAGGGAUGCAACGGUAGAUCUGCCCAAGUGCAUACAUACUCACUUGGGGGUUCAAACUGGUGUAGAAGAUUGUGUGUACAUGAACGUUUACACGAAAGAUCCUAACCCGUCAGAACUUAAACACGUCAUGGUUUAUUUGCAUGAAGGAGGCUUCUACUUUGGUAGUUCCAGUGUCGAUGUAAUUGGGCCGCAUCAUAUAAUGAUAGAGGAUGUAGUUUUGGUCACUUUCGACUAUAGAUUAGGAGCACUUGGAUUCUUGCAUUUGGAAGGAAGCGAUAUAGUUGAGAACAAUGGUGUGAAGGAUCAAGUGUUCGCUUUGAAAUGGGUGCAAAGGAACAUUCACAAGUUUGGAGGAAAUAAGGAUUCUGUUACUAUCUUUGGAGAAAGUGCAGGCGGCGUCGCUGUAAAUCUGCAUAUGGUAUCUCCAAUGUCCAAAGGACUUUUCCACAGAGGAAUUUCGCACAGUGGAGUCGCCCUGGUACCCUGGAUGCUCGGAAACAGAAAUACCGGAUUGGAGUUAGCUGCAAAAUUGGGAAUUGAGAGCAAUGAUCCGAAAAUUAUCGAAGACGAGUUGCGUAAAAAACCGUACACCGAUAUCUUCCAAGCGCAGCAGGAAAUGUUUUGGCUUGCGAGACCUCAAUCGUUGUGGAAUGGUGGUCUGGUAGUGGAAGGUCCAGGAGAAGAUCAUUUCUUAACGGCAGGGCCUUAUGAUAUGCUGAAGGAUCCGUGGUCCGUCGGAAUGCCUUACAUAAUUGGUUACAACAAUCUGGAAGCAGUUUUCGUGGAGAUAUUAGAAACAAUGUUCGGCUUUCCUCACGAUUACACAUUGCAAAAUGAUAUGUCUCACGCUCUAAUCGAAGGUGAUCCGAAUAUCCUCAACGAGGUCAUUGAAGAAGUUAAGAAAUUCUACUUUGGAGGAAAUUUGCCAGUCAAAUACGACUACGAUUUAUUACAGUUAAUGACGGAUAUUUCCUUCAGGUAUCCUGUAAUUCAGUUAGUCAGGAAGUGGGCAAGUACUUAUCCAAUGUAUCUGUACGAGUUCACAGCCGAUACCAAAUUGAACCUAUUCAAAAAUGCCAUUCCGCAAACGGCAAAGUACCAAGGAGCCGCACACAUGGAUGAGCUGUGUUACAUAUUCAGGCAUUCGUUUAAUGCAGAUAUAGAGCUUGGCAGUACGGAGGAUAAGGUUGUCGAGAAAAUGGUGAAGAUGUGGACAAACUUUGCCAAAUACGGUCAGCCAAUACCAGAUGGAGAAAAUGCUGAUCUCGAUAAUGUCGUUUGGAAAAAGGUCAACUCCAACGAAAUGAAUUGUCUUGUCUUGAAUCAUAAGCAGUUAAAUGAUACUAUUUUGGAUGUUAAAUUUGCUGAUUUCUGGGAUAGCUUACAUAAAAAAUAUAACAGACAAUAUUGAUAAUUUAGAUAAUAUUUGGGGUAGCUUAUAUAAAAAAAUAUA